AUUAGUUUUGUAGUGCGGCAAGGAUGGUUAAAAAAUUUGUAUGAGUUCAAAAAAAAAAAUAGAGAAGAGCAUCUUGAAAAAUGAUUUAAACAAAAUUUACAUACUUCAACGGAACAUUGAAUUGUAUCAUAAACCACCAAAGAACAACACAAGUCAAACAUGGUGAAAUCGUAUGAACGUUAUGAUCAAGAGAAAGUAUUUGGUGUGAUAUCGUCACAAUCCAAUAUUCUUUGGUUACCACCUUCUGAUGCCCAAUCCACAACUUCAUUAGGACGUGCUAUAUCAUCAGCAUUGGAAGAGAUUAUAAUAUGGGAUAUUAAAACAGGGGAAAUAAUACAAAAAUUCAGAGAUGGGUUGACUCCUGGUGCCUCUAAUGCAUCUAGUUCUGUUGCUCCUUCUUCAGUUGUCUAUUUAACUUAUCAUUCCGCCACUAAUAUCUUAGCUAGUGGAUAUGCUGAUGGAUCGAUUAAAUUAUGGGAUUUAACUAGUGGAGAAGUAUUAAUUAAUUUCACGGGUCAUAAAUCAGGGAUCAGUUUAUUAAAGUUUGAUAGAAGUGGUACUAGGUUAGUAUCUGGAUCUCAAGAUUCAUCUAUUAUUGUAUGGGAUUUAGUUGGAGAAGAAGGAUUAUUCAAAUUAAAAGGUCAUAAGAGUCAAAUCACAGGAUUAUUCUUUUUAUCUGCCAUUGAAAAUGCUAAUGUCGAUGAAAUGGAUGAUUAUUUAUUAUCAUGUUCUAAAGAUGGAUUAAUUAAAUUAUGGGAAUUGAAAUCUCAACAAUGUAUUGAAACUCAUUUAGCUCAUUCUAAUGAAUGUUGGUCAAUGGGAUUAAAUGGAAAUCAUGAUUUAAUCAUUACUAGUGGGAAUAAAGAUCAAGUUAAAGUAUGGUCGUUAGAUUUGAAGGCUAUAGAUGGUGAAAAAAUCAAAGAGAUUGGUAAAUUUGAAAAACAAAGUAAAACAAGAUGUAAUGAAAUUUCAUUUAAGACUGUUAAACAUAAUGAAUUAUUUUAUUUACAAAAUUCAGAUAGAACGAUUGAAAUAUUCCGAAUUAGAUCAGAAGAUGAGAUUAAAAAGGGGAUUACCAAACGUUCUAAACGAUUAAAGGAAAAAGGAUUUGAAGAUGAUGAAAUUUUACAAAAUAUUAAUGAAGCUCAAGUAAGUAUGAUGAUAACUCCAUUCACUACGGUUAGAACCACGUCAAAGAUCAAAUCAUGUUCAUUCAUUAUUGAUAUCAAGAAGAAAAACAAACUUGAUAUUUUAAUCUCAUUAAUGAAUAAUAGUAUUGAAUAUUAUAAUAUCCCAAUUUCUGAAAAUUUAAAGAAAUCAUCAUCACAAGGAGAAAUCUAUGCUGUCAAACAAAAUACCAUCGAUUUAUUAGGUCAUAGAAAUGAUAUUAGAUCAAUGGAUGUUUCGAAUGAUAAUAAAUUAUUAGCCACUGCCUCAAAUGGAGAAUUAAAAAUCUGGAAUAUCAGAACUAAUAAUGUGAUAAGAACUUUUAUAUUAGAAGGAGGAUAUGCUUUAUGUUGUAAAUUCUUACCGGGUGGAACCAUGGUUGUAGUAGGGUUCAAAAAUGGUGAUUUAGAAUUAUAUGAUUUGACCACUUCAUCAUUAUUGGAUAAAGUUGAACAAGCACAUAAAGUGAAUGGAUCUAUGGAUGAUGACGAAGGAUCAGCUAUUUGGAGUUUAGACUUAACCCCUGAUGGGAAGACAUUAAUCACGGGUGGGAAUGAUAAAUCAGUUAAAUUUUGGAAUUUCAAAGUUGAAGAUGAUAUUAUCCCUGGUACUAAUGAAAAAAUCUCUCGAUUAAGAUUACAACAUUCUCAAACUUUAGAAGUAGGAGAAGAUGUCCUUUGUGUUAAAGUUUCCCCUGAUGGAAGAUUAUUAGCCAUGUCAUUAUUAAAUAAUAAUGUUCAAGUUAUAUUCAUGGAUAGUUUAAAAUUAUUCUUAACUUUAUACGGACAUAAAUUACCUGUGUUAUCCAUUGAUAUAUCUCAAGAUUCAAAAUUAAUCAUCACAUCAUCCGCUGAUAAGAAUAUUAAGAUCUGGGGAUUAGAUUUUGGUGAUUGUCAUAAAUCCAUCUUUGGUCAUCAAGAUUCGGUUAUGAAUGUUAAAUUCAUUGGAGAGACUCAUAAUUUCUUUUCUAGUGGUAAAGAUGGAUUAAUUAAAUAUUGGGAUGGGGAUAAAUUCGAAUGUAUUCAAAAAUUAGCCGCUCAUCAAUCUGAAGUUUGGUGUUUAGCCAUGAGUAAUGAUGGUGAGUUUAUGGUUAGUACUUCUCAUGAUCAUAGUAUUAGAUUAUGGUCUAAGAAUGAUGAUCAAGUGUUUUUAGAAGAAGAAAGAGAAAAAGAAAUGGAUGAAUUAUAUGAGAAUAAUUUGAUUGAUUCAUUAGAAGAUGAUGAACCAGCAGUUUAUAAUAAUAAUAAUGAAGAAGAUGGUGAAGGAGCUGAUAUUAAUGGAGUUGAAAAAGUUACUAAACAAACAAUGGAAACUUUAAAAGCAGGAGAAAGAUUAAUGGAAGCUCUUGAUAUUGGGAUUACUGAUCUUGAUGCUAGACAAGUUUAUUUACAACAAUUAAAAAUCGAUAAGGCCAAUGCUAUAAAACCUGAACCAGCUAUUGUAUUAUCAGCAUUAAAUUUAACGGCAGAACAAUAUGUGUUAAAGGAAGUGUUAAAGAUUAGAACUUCUCAAUUGGAUGAUGCGUUAUUGGUAUUACCAUUUUCAUAUUCGUUGAAAUUAUUAAGAAUGAUUGAAGUGUGGACCAAUGAAGAUAAUAUUACUCUGAAUGUGGUUAAUAUGUCAUUAAUCUGUCGAUUAUUAUUUUUUGUGAUUCGAAAUAAUGCUCGAGAAUUGAUUGGACAAAAGGAUCCUCAUUUAAGAAAUCAAUUGAUUAAAGUGAAACAACAAUUACGUACUGAAUUGAAUAAAACUUCGAAACAAUUAGGAGUUAAUACUCAAGGAUUGAAAUUUAUUAAACAACAAUGGAAAUUGAAUCAUGAAACUGAAUAUAUUGAUGAAAAAGAACAAAGAGAGUAUGAAGAUAGUAAGGCUGUGAAGAGAAGUUAUGCUACUGUUGUAUAGUAUAGAUAAACGAUAUGUAAAUAUAGAAUAAGACGAUGAUAGAGAGUAUCAUUUUUUAAUAUAAACAAGAUAUAGAUUAUAUGAGUUUGUGGUAGCGCCGUAACUUCC